AUGGCGUACAACGGAGGAGGGUUCCCCGAGCAGCAGCGUCCCUAUGCUGGACCGGCGGCGCGAAGACCAGCUCCUGGAAGCAACAUGCCUCCCGCGCCGCAACAGUAUGAUCAGUACCAAGACGACUAUGCUUAUGGCUUCGACGGAUAUGACAAUGACGGCUACGAUCAAGGCUAUGCGCCCCCUCCACAGGAUAUGGGUUAUGGAAGAGGCAGGCCCCCGCCGCCGCCGGGUGGCAGCUACCCGCCCCAAGACGGAUAUGGACCCGGACCUGGACCUGGUAGAGGUGGUCGCCCGCCUCCCCAGAACGCAAGAGGAGGACCCAUGAUGCGAGGGCGCGGGGGCCCAGCGCCCGGCCCAGGGCGAGGUGGAUAUGGCCCAGGCCCCGGAGGUCGACCUGGUCCUCUCGAUCGCGCUGGUAGCUCAGGUCCCUUAGGAAACCGUGCGCCGCCGAACAUGAUAAGUCCACAAGAACAGGGCUUCGGUAACCCAUUCCCAUCGUUCCCCGGACAGAACAGAAGAUCAGAUCUCGAUGAGGAGCAGCGUAUACUAGAUGGAAUGGAAUCCAUGAGCAUGGAUGGUGGAGGCAGGCGCCCACCGCCACGGAGGCCCACCAAUGGUAGUGUUGGUUCGCAGCAAGGCCCCCCACAAAGACGCCCAACAAUGGAUGACACAUAUGGCGGGAGGCCAUCCAUGGACAGUCAAAGAGGCGGACAGCGAGGCCCACCGCCGCAAGGAUUACCCGAUAGACGUGGUCCGCCACCAGGACCGGGACCGGGACCUGCUUAUGGUGGCUACGACGACGGAUACGGAGGCGACAUGCCGCCAAGAGACAACUUUGGACCGCCAGGACGAAGUAUGACGAUGCCGAACAACCCAGAACCACCGAUGAACAUGGGCAUGCGGCAACCUCCCCGAGCAGAUAGCGCGGCUCCUGGCUACGGUCCACCAGUACGGGGUAUGCCUCUAAGGCCAUCAACGGCGUCGGGCAACCGCCCUCCGCCACAAAGGAUGUACCCGCCUCAAGGACCACCCGGGCCGCCUGGACCUGCAGGACCUGAGGAGUGGGAUAACUACGAACCACCCAAGCAAGCACCGUGGUCUCAGCAACCAGUUAGAGCCUCGUUUGGCGACUUCUACGAUGCUUACUACCACCCUAGGAAUAGUGAUAACCAGUAUCCUGCUGGAAGACGGUCAAACGAUAUACCCGAAUAUGAUGAGCCGCCAAAUCAAGGACCCAGAGGUUCCUUUGACCAGCAUAUACGGCCAGGCCCAAACCCCGGGAUGCCGCAACAGGGCCCAGCGCGCGUCGCGGAGCUGAGCAGGACAAAAUCGCAGCCAAAUCUACGCGAGCCACAAGCAGCAGUUUUUGAAAUGGCUGCAGAUAUGCCUCCAGUUCCAGCUGGAGGUUUCCAGGCGUACAAUCCCGCACAGCCAGGCCCCCCACCUGGCGUGCUACCCAAUCUUCCUGCAACAAACGUACAUCAACCUGGACCGGCGACCAGACACCCCGUACCAGUACGUCCAGGUCUCUUACCAAAUUCCAUGGUAGACAUGCAAGACAAGCCUACACCUCUGCGACAGUACAGUGGCCCACCUCCGGGGGCGAAACUUGCCCAAGGCAGACCACAGCCGUCAGCACAGCCCAAUGGUCGACCUAGUUCCAUCGAGCAUGUCCCAGUAACUGUAGAAGAACUGGAGCAAUUGCGUGCUGUUAUUAAAAAUGAGCCCAACGAUCAACAAUCCGCCCUUACGCUUGCAAAGAAGCUAGUCGAAGCAGCUGAUGUUUUGGUCCCCCGGCUACCUGACCCGAAAGCUCGCGCUCGAUCACGGGAGCGCUAUGUAAUGGAUGCUCACAAGAUUCUCAAGAAGCUCGUUAGCGCACAGAAUUCCGAUGCGAUGUUCUUCUUGGCAGACUGCAUGGGACGUGGUGCCCUAGGCUUCGAGCCGGACAACAAAGAGGCAUUCACCCUUUACCAAUCCGCCGCAAAGCUCGGUCAUGCAGCGGCAGCUUAUCGAACAGCUGUGUGUUGCGAACUAGGCAAUGAUGACGGUGGUGGGACGCGCAAAGAUCCCUUAAAAGCGAUCCAGUGGUAUAAGAGAGCUGCGACGCUGGGGGACACACCCGCGAUGUAUAAGGUUGGAAUGAUCUUGCUCAAAGGACUGCUUGGUCAGCCUAAGAAUCCUCGCGAAGCUGUUGGAUGGCUGAAGAGGGCAGCCGAGCGUGCCGACGCCGAGAACCCUCAUGCGUUACAUGAGCUUGGUCUACUAUACGAGUCCGCGCAACCGAAUGACGUCAUCCUCCGAGACGAACCCUAUGCCCUGCAAUUGUUCGAACAAGCCGCCAAUCUAGGCUACAAGUUCAGUCAAUUUAGAAUGGGAUGUGCGUAUGAGUAUGGUCUUAUGGGUUGUCCGAUCGAUCCGCGAGCCUCCAUUAUGUGGUAUUCAAGGGCAGCGACCCAGGAAGAGCACCAGUCUGAGUUGGCAUUGAGUGGCUGGUACCUGACUGGUACCGAAGGAGUCCUACAGCAGAGUGAUACUGAGGCAUACCUUUGGGCAAGAAAGGCAGCUCAAGCUGGGCUGGCAAAGGCGGAGUAUGCCAUGGGCUACUUUACGGAGGUUGGCAUUGGUAUUGCUGCCAACCUGGAAGAUGCGAAGCGUUGGUACUGGCGCGCAGCUGCUCAAAACUUCCCAAAAGCUCGGGAACGCCUUGAGGAUCUCAAGCGCUCCGGUAAGAACGGAGGCCCACGUCAACGCGAACGCAUCUCGCGAAGCAAGAUCGGCAAGCAACAGGAGGGAGAGUGCUCUGUGAUGUAG